GAUUUUUCUGACAGCGAGCAACGACAGCGGUACAAAAACCGGUUCUGGUUCCUGGAAAACCUCACCCAAGGCUUGUUUCGCACCGACGCGGCGCACACGGGUAACAUCCUGGUGCAAGAAGACGACGUGUUGAUGAAGUGGGUGUCCGUGAAACUGAACCGCAAUCCCCCAGCACCCGCGCACCAAUUUGGAACAACGACUGCUCCUCCGGGCACCAGCAACGACGGGUGGGUGCAGGCCAAGGGGACCUUCGCCGUCAAGUCCACCCUGCUGCACACCCUCCCGGAGGAGAAGAGCAAGCGGGAACGGCGGUUGACCAGUGAGGCGGUCCGAGGACGCGAAGAUGUUUAU